GAAAUUGCAUUGGAGGCCUCAUAUUUCUGCCAUAGGGUCUUCUCCUAGGCACGAGGGAGGCCUUCACAGCUACGAGCCCGCACCGCUCGUAUUCCCCUUCCCACCGCUGCCCCCCCACCCACCGUCUCCGUCCAACCCCCUCGGAAGCCACCACCGCCACCUCCCAAAUCAAAUCAAUGGCUUCUCCUCCCACGGCUCUCCCCAUCUCCACACCCCAAUCUGGUGGUGGCGCCGCCCCCAGCCAGCCGCCAAUCGCCACCCCCGCGUUCCGCGCCUUCCUCUCCCGCUUCUCUUCCUCCAUCCGCCACGGCUUCUCCCAGCGCCGACCCUGGUCCGAGCUCCUCGAUCGCACAUCCAUGGCCCGCCCCGACUCCCUCUCCGAAGCCGCCUCCCGCAUCCGCAAGAACUUCUCCUACUUCCGCGUCAACUACCUCACCCUCCUCGCCCUCGUCCUCGCUCUCUCUCUCCUCUCCCAUCCCUUCUCUCUCCUCGUCCUCCUCUGCCUCCUCGCCGCCUGGUUCUUCCUCUACCUUUUCCGCCCCUCGGAUCAGCCCUUGGUCAUCCUCGGCCGCACCUUCAGUGAUCGCGAAACCCUAGGCGUCUUGACCCUUCUCACCGUCAUCGUGAUCUUCCUCACCACCGUCGGAUCGCUUCUCAUAUCUGCACUGAUGAUCGGAUUGGGUAUUGUGUGUGCGCACGGCGCGUUUAGGGUUCCUGAGGAUCUGUUUCUCGACGACCAGGAGCCGGUGAACGCCGGAUUCCUCUCAUUUCUCGGCGGUGCCGCCUCGUCCGCCGCUGCCGCUGCCGCUGUAGCUCCUGCGGUUGCCGCUCGUGUUUGAGGAGGACGGUUAGGGUGAGACAGUUGGGCGAGCAGAUCAGGCUCGUGGAUAGAGGGUAUUUAGAUCACCCUGGGUUUUGGGUGAGUUUUUGACGAAUUUGUAUUUUUGGAAAAGAUGGGGAUAGAGGGGUUUACUUUGUAUGGAUAUGAUCUGUAUAUACUGGAUUCUGGUAUUGUACAGUUAUGUUAUAAUAGUGAUAUGCUUUAUGUUUCCGCUGCA